AUGCAGUACCACAAUGGCACAGAUGGCGUUCCAUCGCAUCUAGAGGAGUUCCAUAAUGGCGUGCACCCGCGCUACGUUCACUUUUUCAGAUUCGCCUUAUCAACGACAAACACACUCGUGCGUCUUCCGCCAGACCACGACCUCGCGAAGCUCUAUCCACCCUUUGAGCAGCAGUUUCCGGUUGAACAACAAGACCUCACCGAACUUUGGGCAGGCGCAGGCGUUGCAGGUGUUGGAUUUGAGACCGCUGGCUUCAAGAAAACGAGGAUACUGGAAAAUGAUCCAUAUGCGCUGCAAACAAACAUCGGCAAUUCGAGCGGCCAUGUGGAGAUUUUGCAUGUGCCAGAUGCAGCGACCUUGGAGAAGCCGUAUGCGGGAUGCGACUUUUCGGCCGUCCUCAAGGGUGUACACAUGCAGACUAUUGUGCUGCCUUCCCAGAUCGGUGUGGUAACAACAACGUUCCCAUGCACCCAUAAUAGUGGUGCCAACGCGUACAAGGAUGGCGAGAAAUCCGAAAUCGAUCGGGCAUCCCUGCCUUCGGAUAUUAGCAUGAAGAUACUGAACGCAUUCCCUGCUCACUACGGACUUCUGGAAAACUUGCCCGCGUUAGAGACGAAUCAACCACGGACUUUCGCCGCCUACCAGGCACUGCUCCUACGCUCGAAGUACCAGCUUCGCAAGUUCCGAUGCAACGCCGCAGAGUACGGACUGCCUCAGGACCGACCGCGGGUGUUCUUGGUGUACGCCCCAUCAUGCUGCACGCUUCCGGUGGAGCCGAUUCCGACGCACAUCACUGAAACAAGUAUCUCGGCGCUCCUGGAACCGCCUACAAUUCGGGAAGCUAUUGGCGAUGUGGCAAACGAUGCUGUUGAGGACCUUUACGCUUCGCCACCUCAGAUCUCGGAACAGGCCAGAAGACUGAUUCCCCAUAUCAAGCGUCCAGGGAACAUCAACGACCUGAGAGGAAGCAGAUGGGUCAAAAGCGGAGAAAAACUAGAUUCAUGCAAACGACCUUCAUGGAACGUCCCCGGCGAAACCUUUGGAACGGUCAUGUGCAGCUCGAAGAAAGGCGACGCGCAUCCCAUCCACGACCGAAAGCUGAACCUGAGGGAACGGAUGCGGCUCCAGGCCUUACCAGACAAUUUCAUUUUCUACGGCCCGGAACGCGAACAAUACCGGCAAUUGGGGAACGGAGUCCCGGUUGCCGUUACGUUCGCCAUAGCGAUGGAGAUUCGGAAGGCUAUGAGCCAGGAUGAGCGGCGUGGGGUCUGUUGGGGUGGGUGA